CUCGGAGUACAGCUCGGGAAAGACUAAGCAGUAUGCAUCAGGAUCUCAGAAGCAUGCAAAAAAGACUUUUUUGCCUUCUAGCAGUUUAUUUUCUUGUGCGCUGCUGAAAUUGAACUCUUUCAACUCCCAAGACAGUGGAUUUACUAAGCAAAGGAUAAUAAUAAUAAUAAUAAUAAUAAAAACAACAAUAAUCACACUAAUGGAGUACCACGCGAGUGACAACUGUACGGCUGGAAGUAAGGAUCUGUACAAGUUCUACUUCUCGGUGAUGAUAAUUGAGUUUAUCCUGGCACUUCCUCUGAACCUCACUGUGAUCUACCUCUUCAUUUUUAAACUCCAAUUCUGGAAAUCUAAAAGCAACAACAUUUUUCUGUUCAAUCUCGUCCUGGCGGAUAUCCUGCUCCUUAUUUGCUUGCCAGUCAGGGCGUACUACUUUCAGCGUGGAGAGAGACGGAGUAACAACAACACCGUUUGUAAAUCAGUCCUCUUUAUGCUUUUUUUGAACCGAGGAGCCAGCAUCGCUUUCCUGACUAUUAUUUCCAUCAACCGUUACUUGAGUGUGGUCCAUCCCGGGAUAAAGAACCCCUUGAAGAUUCGGAAAAGAUCCGUUCUCAUCUCCGUUCUGGUCUGGGUUUUGCUCAUGCCUCUGACCAUCCCGUCCUUGCUGACCACGUUUGAGUGCUGCAACAACAACGAGACGGGCGAGGAGACCAGCAGCGUUUUCGCAGACAACGCCACCGCUGAAACCUUCAGAGAGCUCGUGUUUUUCACACCGGUUCUCAUCUCGUCUAUCGUCCUGGUCUACUGCACCAUAAGGAUCACGAAGAGGCUGCAGGAGAAGACGGUCGGCGACAGGACCAAGCUGAGAAGAGCGGUAUUCCUGGUCACUCUGGUCGUCUCGGUGUUUGCUUUCUGCUUUUGGCCGUCUGCUAUUUCAAGGCUGGUGCUGUUGAUAGUCAGAAAAGAAAAUCAACCGAGCGCAGAAGAAAUCGCGGUUCAGGUCUACGACGGCCUCAUGUGCCUCUCGUAUCUGGAUUGCCUGCUGGACCCGAUCGUCUACUGUCUGAGCAGUACCAAGUUCAAACGCGUGUAUAUAUCCACGUAUCUGCCUUUUCUGAUGAGAGGACACCAUGCAGAACAUCACUGAAACAUCAUCAUGAGCACAAACGCACAAAUGAGUGAAUGUAAUAACAUUAAAAACCUAAAGCUUUGAACAAACAUCCAAAAAUUCAAGAGUGUCAUCGACACGAUUUUAAACUGUGAUGAUUUUAAUCGGUUAUUUUACAUUUGAGUAAAAACAACGACAAAAAAAAAAAAGUGUUAUUGGUUAGUUCUGUUGUUAAUUGUACUGUUUUACUGAUUUGUUUUGUUUUUUAAAUUUAUACAGUGACACGCGCCAUAUCAUAGAUCAUGUGCUAUAAGACCUUCAGAUUUCACAGUUUUAUUCUCAUUAAACAUGCUGGGGUUUUUGUUGU